AUGGGAUUUAUUUGGUUUUUUAAAAUACAACCCCAUGAAAGAAGACCAAAUAGAUAUCUUGUUAAAUUUUCCCUAGUUAUUCUAUGUUUCGUUGUUUACUUCUUUAAUUCUGAUCUACAGCAGAAAGGAUCAAUCCAACGAAUCGGAAAAAUAUUCUUUGGCGUUAUCACAGUACCAAAUUCGAAUCGCAGAGAUGUCCCUUGGAAAUAUUGGCUUCGAAAUUUACUCGAUGAAGGAUAUCAUGGAGCAAAAUUUAUUUCUCCUCCUCAAUCUGACUAUCCUGAUCAUUAUUACGAACCCGAUCCUAUGUUUUCAAGAUUCCUUUAUGGAAAAGUAAAUUUUAAGUCAGAUCGAGAUCGGGCCAUCAAAAGAGUCGCAGGCGCAAUGUAUCUAAGUCAAAAUCCGCAAUACGACUGGUAUUGGUCACUCACUGAUGACGUAUAUCUUGAUUUUGAACAAGUUACGAAUUAUAUUCAGGAGUUAGAGAGAACAUACGAACCAAGAACCCAACCAGUUCUUAAAGGGCAGUGCUUAUGUGCUCAUAAUUCUAGAUAUUUGCAAGGUGGUGCUGGUUACAUUUUUAGUAAAUAUGCAGCUAAAGUCUUUGACAACUUUUCAUUCAAUUGGAUAGGAAGUAUGAGGCAAUAUGAUGAUGCCCAUCUUAUUGAAGUUAUCAAAUUAUACAAUUUUACUUUUGAUGACAUAAGAGCUUACAAUAUCUAUGGAUAUGAAGCAAGGAAGCUUGAUUCCUAUCCGAAACUUCCAAUUUGCCCUGCAAAGGUAAGUAAAACAUGCUGCGGGUAUGAUCGGUUAAAUCCAAUGACAGACCUAAUGGCGCUCCACGAAAAUUCAAAGGCAAGACUUAUUAAAGUAAUAAAUUUGAUUCAAGAGAUAAAGAGGACAAAUGAAUCAAUUUAUUAUUACUAUAAAGAUCCUUGGUGGAUAGAGCCUUGCAGGCUGAAUACAACUAGCCUGAAUAGUACUACCACGACAACCAAGUAG